CUGUGAGAACAUGGGGUCUGUUCGUACAAAAUAAUCAGUGCCAGUGCUGAAAGUGGAACCGAAGAAAAUAAACAUUGUGCAUCUUCUUCUUCUUCUUCUUCUCUCUCUCUCUUUCUUUCUCUCUCCACCUUUGAGUUUCCUCCGUCACUUCCGUGCUCGCCUAGGGUUUCUCUUUCCGCGUUUCUAAUCUCGAUUGCUCUGUUCUGUGCUGUGGAUUCCGUUCGCCGGAGAAGUUACGUCGUCAAUGUGCUCCGUUUCUGCGCCUUCGUUUGCUUGCAGGGUUUCAAUGUCGCAUAGCUGGUAAAGAUGUGGAUGUACCAUUAAGACUUAUGUUGUCUAAUACACUGCAUGAGGAAUAAAGUGGAAUUGACUUUUGCAUUGAGAGUCAAACUGUUUCUGUAAAUUCUACCACACCAAAGUUGGUGGUACAAUUUAUCUCUAAUGGGUUCGUUCGCUGGCACUUGUGAAAUUGUUGAAGCAAGGGAAGACCUAAAUACAGAUAAUGAUGCAGGGAUAUAUCAGUCCAAUUCUGGAUAUAGCAUGGCUGAGAAAAAUCAGAAGCCUCCUGUGCUGAAACAGGGAUUCAAGGAUAAUCUAGAUGAUGAUAUUAAUAAGCUGUUUGAAUCAAUUGCUCUUAAAUCUUCAUCAAGGAAUUUGAGCUUUUUACAAGAAGGUACAAGCCCUAAGAUGAAAAGUGCAAUGAAAAAACCACUUAUAGCAGGUGCUCCUCGGUCUCCACAAGUAGGACCUUACGAGCCUGUGACUUUGAAGCAGGCAUUAAGAGACCUAUGCAUAUCUAAGGCAUCAGAAAUGGCUGCCAUGAAAAGAUUAUCAAAGUCAACUGCUUCUCCUAGAAUAUCUGAGGUUGGGAAGAUACAGACAUUGUAUAAUUCAGUUGUAGCUGAAGGUAGACGAUCUGGUCCUUCUAAUGUAGAGAGUAAAGGGAGUACAAGUGAAAUAUCUCAAGUGCCAGAAGAAAGCAACUCCCUUGCCUUGGAUAAAACUUCCGAGUCUCAUCAAGCUGUUAAAAGCACAUCACUGAGUGAAAAUGUUCAAUCUUCCAAAAUUGCUGUUGUAAUUACACAAACUGGUACUGGGGCCUCAUUGAUGCAAAGUGACUUGGCUAGUUCAUCAAGUAAAGUUGGGGUUCUGUCACAGUCAUCAGAGCCUGCUCAAAUAGAAAAACAAACAUCUGCAUCUUCUCCAUCUAGUUGUAAUACCAAUGGAAGUAAAUUAGAGUUGCCUGAAAAUGAUUCAUCCCCUAAAAAAUUAGGAAAUAAAGCAUCUGUAUCAAAGAAUGGGCGGAAAGGUAGGUUACAGACAGUCUCUUCCUUGUCUAAUCCAGUAAAUGGCAAUAGAGUGUGCAAAAUGUCACGCAAUGCCCCUCGUACAGUCAAAUCGAUUAUCAAGAACAAGAAUUUGGGUAAGAAAAAAUCAAAGCAGGAUUCAGUUUCUUCUUUAUUUGAUCCUACAUCCAAUGAAGUAAAUAACAAGUCAGUUCCUGGUGCAACUCAACUUGUUUGUGAGAGAUGUUGGUGUGCUAUAGAAAACAACAAAGGUAUUGAAACAUUGGACUCUAUCAGUCCUGGAGACGGAAUAAACUCUGUUACUGUGCAUUCUGGCUCAGCAUCAGCUGGCUGUAAUAGCAGCACAGAAGUUACAAAAGUGAAAAAGAACACUGUAUUGAAAGAGCAACUUGAACUUUCUCAAAGUUCAAAGAGUAGCCAAGGUGACUACAGUAGUAGUACAAGUACCAGUGAUGAGAGUAAUCUCAGUGGAUCUAGUUGUGGCAAUAGGCCUCACAUGUCAAAGGAUGCUAGAUGGGAAGCUAUACAGCAUGCUCAAAUGCAGCAUGGAGUCUUGGGCUUGAGAAACUUCAAUCUUUUGAAGAAGCUAGGUUGUGGAGACAUUGGGACUGUAUAUCUUGCUGAACUAAUUGGCAAACAUUGUUUGUUUGCUAUUAAGGUGAUGGACAAUGAAUUUUUGGCAAGAAGGAAGAAGAUGCCAAGGGCUCAAACCGAAAGAGAAAUAUUAAGGAUGCUAGAUCAUCCUUUUCUUCCAACGCUGUACGCACAGUUUACAUCAGAUAAUUUGUCAUGUCUGGUCAUGGAGUAUUGUCCAGGUGGUGAUCUUCAUGUUCUACGGCAGAAACAGCUUGGUAGAAGUUUUUCAGAGCCAGCAGCAAGGUUUUAUGUCGCUGAAGUCCUUCUUGCUUUGGAGUACUUGCACAUGCUUGGAGUGGUUUACCGUGAUUUGAAACCUGAAAACAUUCUUGUUCGAGAAGACGGCCACAUUAUGCUCACAGAUUUUGAUCUGUCAUUGAGGUGUGAUGUUAGCCCAACACUUCUGAAAUCAUCUUCAGAUGCAGAUCCUGCUAAGAUUUCUGGUCCUUGUGCACAAUCAAGUUGCAUUGAACCAUUCUGUAUUGAACCAUCAUGUCAAGUUCCAUGCUUCAGCCCCAGACUCCUACCUUCUGCAGCAAAAGCAAGGAAAUUAAAAACUGAUCUUGCUGCUCAGCUCAGAUCAUUGCCACAGCUCGUGGCUGAGCCCACAGAUGCAAGAUCAAAUUCAUUUGUUGGUACUCAUGAAUACUUGGCACCUGAGAUCAUCAAAGGAGAGGGACAUGGAGCUGCAGUUGACUGGUGGACAUUUGGUGUUUUUCUUUACGAGCUUUUAUAUGGAAGAACACCCUUUAAAGGUUGUAAUAAUGAAGAAACAUUAGCCAACGUGGUGUUGCAAGGUCUCAGAUUCCCUGACAGCCCAUUUGUUAGUUUCCAAGCGAGGGACCUCAUCAGAGGGUUGUUGGUUAAAGAACCUGAAAACCGUUUGGGUUCACAGAAAGGGGCUGCUGAGAUAAAGCAACACCCUUUCUUCGAAGGCCUUAAUUGGGCCCUAAUACGUUGUGCUAUCCCACCAGAACUUCCAGACUUCUGCGAAUUUGGAAUUUCAGAGAUGACCCCACAGUCCCAGGGCAAGGGUGGUAAGUAUGUAGAAUGUAAUGCAGCAGGAGAGCAAGUGGAAUUUGAGUUGUUUUAAAGAAACUUCUCUUUGGCAAGAGUGGCAUUCAUGUUAUGGAUUCCCUCCUCUUCGGACCCUAUGCUUCAUGUGUCGAGCUGCAACAAACAAUUAUGUAAGCCUAUGUUGUAUAUUAGUUUUGAUUAUAUAGCAGGGUAAAAUGUGCAUUUUGAGGUAUAGGAAGUUCAGUUUAUACGGCAACUUGGUACGGUAGUCGCAAUCUGAAAGAACAUAAAUUCCUCAGAAAAAAAAAAGUGCCAUACUCAUUCGGAACCCA